AUGCUACGAUUUUGGACCAAAAACGGCUAUAACAGCUUCAUACAUCGACGGUUAUACGAGAAGAAAAUGCCUACAUGUGUACAGGACGCAUUCACCACACUUUCUACAUACUUUGGUCGAGCUCCAGCUGUAAAUGAGACUAUCUUACAGGUUGUUGAGGACCGAUCGGCAAAUCUUGUCCGCCAGAGUAUGCCUCCGAUUUCUUGCGAUAUGCAAGGCAUCUUGGCUAAUCUCGCACGUGUACAAGCCCUAUUUGUGUAUGAGUUCAUAGGCCUGUUCGACGGGUCGGUACGUCUGCGUGCAUCUGCAGAGAAACGUCUUUCACCUCUUCGGCAAUGGGUGACCCAGAUGUGGGAAGUAGUAAGACGGUAUCGGGGGGAGGACUGCUCCCUAGGUCGUCGUCCACUUCAAUGGACUGCAACCGAAUUCGACAGAGAAUAUGACGAUUCUUCGGAAUUGUGGCAAUUAUGGAUUCUGACCGAAAGUGUUAGACGCACUCAUAUUAUCAUCGAUAGUGUUGCCAACACAUACGAAACCAUGACUAGAGGGUUGGUCGACUGUACUGGAGCAGUAAUGUUCACCGCACUCUAUGGGUUGUGGGAAGCUGAUUCUGCUGUAAAAUGGUUCAAGUUAUGUUGUGAGAAACCUCCGCUUCUAGUGCCGUAUCUACAGCCUGGGCCUUUGAUGUCACAGUACCCGGCGGAGGAACUGGACGACUUUGCGAAGUUCUAUUGGGCGUAUAUAGUUGGAGCGGACAAGAUUCAAUGUUGGAUCGAUAAAAGUGACCAGACAAAUAGAAUGCAGUAUGUCCGCAAUGACAGUGGAAUGUUCACACUUGAUCAUGAAUUCUGUUAUAUAAUUGGAGGUUCAUCUUGA